AUGAUUCCGUCACAGACAUCGUUACAAGAUAUGAAGAACUUGAUUCUCAUGAAUACUGGAAUAGUUGGAAAAAAGAAAAUCACAAAGCUGACUUACAGGAUGCCAAUUGUAGUAGCCAACUCGUUUGCGUAUCAAAAAAUGCAGAUUAAAUUUAAUCAGCGUGUUUCGAUGAUGUUUUCUUAUCAUCGCAAUAUUGGAAGCAUCUAUUCAUUGGAACUUUGUUUGAAUCUUCAAGAUAUUGGUAGAAGCUCAUCUAGUUCUAAUAAUGUGGAGGGUGGUAGAAAUCUCGGAUCGGCAGAUUUUGUUCUGGGUCGGGAUACCGGUAGGGCCAGUAGUCAAAGCUUUAACGCGUUUGUGACGCCUGAACAGAAUGCAGAUAUUCAUCAAGCACGCCCCUCCCCUUCCAGCCUUGUUGGGAUCGAUAGAUAUCCUGAUGCUGGCAUGGCAGAAAUAUCUUAUGAAGAUGAGAUCGAAGAUUUUAGUGGUGAUGAGGCAGAAGCUGUUCCCGAAACACAUCCAUUUUAUCGUGAGACAGUUCCUCCAAUUCAUGUCGAAUCGGGGGGAGGUGGUGUAUCCAGCAGCACGCCAGCACACUACCUAUCUUUAAAUCUUGGAGCAAUGUCUUCGACCACCGCAAAAAAUAGACCGAGUAGCUACGCUUUGUCAGAUGAGAUGGAGCUCGAGAUUGGGUUGAAGUUUCUCAAUAGAGAAACAGCGAUGCUUGCUGUUAAAAACUAUAACAUCCACAGGAGUACAGAAUACAAGGUGGUAGAGUCAAGCCAAAGUAGUUAUGUAUGUCGAUGCAAGCAGUUUGGGGAUCAAUGUCGUUGGAUGGUCGAAAAGACGAGGUCUUCCAGAAAGGUAGUUUGUAGUAUAUCCAUGACAUAA